GCCAACCGACGACGCAUACCCGGAUCCCGGCGUCCCGUGUACGCGCGUUGUGUCCGUUACCCUCCCACACACGACAUUCACACACGCUCUUUCACACAUACUCACACACACUCACACGCACACACACACACACACACACACACAUACACUCGCGCACAUACAACACACACACACACACACACACACAUACACGUACACAUACACACACAUAAAACCACACUUAAGCAUACGCACAAAACAUAUAAGCACACACACAACGUAAAUGAUACGCAUCUGCAUGACGUACGCUACACGAUAAUAUCAUACGUAUUAUGAAAUAUAUUAUAAUUAUGUUAUCGUAAAUAGCAGUUUUUCGUUGCUUUAAAAAAAAAAAAAAUUUUGUUUUUUUUUUUAUUCCAAAUUUAAAAAAAUCUUUUUUUUUUCUCCAUUCGAACCGCAACAGUGAGAUAAUAAAACAACGCCGUUGUAAAUUCGGCGAACGAUUUAAUAUAAUAUAGGCGUGCAUGUGCGCGUAACACAGUACGCGUAUUAUAUAGUAAAAUACCGUUCGCGAGCAUUAUCUAUUUCUCCCUCCUCUACGCCGCGUGUGCCGCCGUUAGCCCUCGCGGCGUCCGCAUCCGACUCUGACGCCGCGCGUACAUUCGCGGACGCCGGUGCAGUUCGUUUACGCGCCCGCUAUGAUAGUUGUGUGUAUCGCAUAAAUUGCACGUGCGAAUUUCGAUCGUCCGCGCCGCGGUCGGUGGUCUAAGUCAAGUGACGGACAGUUAACUCACCGGCAACGGACGUACAGUUGUUGUUAUUGUUGUUUUUUCCGUCGUAUUAUAAUUAUAAUAUUAUCGUACGAUAACGUGCGACGGACAUCGGUCGUCCUCGCAGUAAUCGCGAUCGUAGCCGCCGCCACCGGCACCGUCGCUGCCGCAGCCGUCGUCGUCGUUGUCGUCUCCGCAACCGGAGAAAAGAAGCCGCCACCGACGUCUCGUCCUACGAGUACUCCAUACUCGCUUAGGUAAAAACCAUUACGGUCCGUGUAAUGGGUGCCCCGGAAGACCGAGGCCGCCAUGUUUGUCAGAUGGCGGACGUUGUGCGCGGCACCACUCAGCACGGUGCGGUACGGCGCCUGGUGCGGUAUGCGACGUGUGUGGCUCGGCAAGCGCGGUCCGCGAUCGGCAGCGGCUGUGGCUGCUGCGACAGCUGAGGUGGCGGCGGCGUCGUUGAUAAGGCGCCGGUGGCGGCCAGCACCAUGGUGGUGUCGCCCGCAGGAUGAAGAAGCAAAACGUCCGCACAUUAUCGUUGAUCGUUUGUACGUUCACCUAUCUGCUCAUCGGCGCCGCCGUGUUCGACGCCCUGGAGUCCGAGACGGAGAUACGUCGGAAACAAGCGCUGGACUCCAUAGAAGGGAUAAUUCUCAAAAAGUACAACAUAUCCACAGACGACUAUCGACUGAUCGAGACGAUUGUACUGAAGUCAGAACCGCACAAGGCCGGACAACAGUGGAAGUUUGCCGGAGCGUUUUACUUCGCUACUACGGUACUCACGACUAUCGGUUACGGGCACUCGACACCGAACACGAAAUCCGGCAAGUUGUUCACUAUGUUCUACGCAAUGGUAGGCAUACCGCUGGGCCUAGUCAUGUUCCAGAGCAUCGGCGAGCAGCUGAACAAAUUCUCGUCCGUGGUGAUCAGACAGGCGAAGCGGGCACUUGGCUGCAAGCGUACGGAAGCUACCGAGAUCAAUCUCAUAUUCGUCGUGUCCUUUCUGUCGAGCUUGACGAUUGCGGGUGGUGCAACGGCAUUCUCCACGUACGAGGGAUGGACGUACUUUGACUCGGUCUACUAUUGCUUCGUCACGCUCACCACUAUAGGGUUCGGCGAUAUGGUGGCCUUGCAGAAGAACAACACGUUGAACGACAAACUCGAGUACGUGGCGUUUACGUUGAUAUUCAUUCUGUUCGGCCUGGCAGUAGUGGCAGCGUCGCUCGACCUAUUGGUGCUCAGAUUUGUCACUAUGAACACCGAGGACGAGAGAAGAGAUGAGGCUGAGGCGUUACAAGCCGCCCAAGGAGCCGUCCGGCUGGAAGGAGACGUGAUCACCUCGCACGGGUCCGUGUCCAGCCUGCCGAUGGGAAGCGCGUUGGUGCUGGGCGCGUCGGGCCGGGGCAGAGGGUCGUCUUCGCCCGCCGAUAACGCGUCCGUGUGCACUUGCACGUGCACGCGGUCAAGGAGCCGGAACGACGGAUACCGGUCGGGCGAUUCGCCGCCGUACGCGUCGGGCUCCGUCUACGGCGGCGGUGUCGUCACCGGGCGGGGCGUCGGCAGCGGCGGCGACCGGGACGACGGUGACGACGGGUGCAGCGGCGACGACGACGACGACGAGGACGACGACGGGUGCGAGCCGCAGGACAUACAGCUGGACACAUUCUACGACGGUCGUGCGGCGGCUUCCACGUCGGCCGAUCCGUACAGCUGUCGACAGCGCGUCGUUCAAACGCAACAGCAACAGCAACAGCAACUGCAGAACGAACACAGAUCGUCCAUUUGACGUAUGUUCGCCAGUGGCGGAGGUGUUG